CCUAGAGGCCAAAGAACCGAUGACAACAAAAUCUGCCGGGAAUGCGUGGGAUCUCCGGACCGCUAUGACUGGCUGUACCUCGGCUUCAUGGCCAUGCUGCCCCUGGUUUUACACUGGUUCUUUAUUGAAUGGUAUUCAGGAAAAAAGAGUUCCAGCGCAUUGCUGCAGCACAUCACUGCCUCGUUGGAGUGCAGCGUCGCGGCCGUUGUUACGCUGCUCGUCAGUGACCCUGUCGGCUCUCUGUACAUCCGCUCCUGCAAGGUGAAGAAGCUCUCGGACUGGUACACGAUGCUCUACAACCCGAGCCCCGACUACGUCACCACAGUGCACUGCACUCAUGAAGCAGUCUAUCCCCUGUACACCAUUGUGUUUAUAUAUUAUGCCUUCUGUCUUGUGUUAAUGAUGCUACUUCGGCCUCUGCUGGUCAAGAAGAUUGCCUGUGGUUUAGGAAAGUCUGACCGGUUUAAAAGCAUUUACGCAGCACUGUACUUCUUCCCUGUCCUCACCGUGCUUCAGGCCGUUGGAGGAGGCCUGCUCUACUAUGCCUUCCCUUACAUCAUACUGGUACUGUCUUUGGUGACACUGGCUGUGUACAUGUCUGCUUCUGAAGUGGAGACUUUCAAGGAUCUUCUCGUCAGGAAGAAAAGACUUGUUGUCCUGUUCAGCCACUGGUUGCUUCAUGCCUAUGGAAUCAUCUCCAUUUCCAAACUGGAUAAGCUUGAGCAGGACCUGCCACUGCUUGCCUUGGUACCGGCACCUGCCCUCUUCUACCUGCUGACAGCGAAGUACACCGAGCCGUCGCGCAUACUCUCAGAAGGUGGCAAUGGACACUGAAAGGAGCCUGGGCCGAGCAAUUCU